AGUGCCACAAGCUCGGUUUUUCACAAACAUACUUAAGGAAACAGUAGAGGAAGCUGUCCGUUCAUCGUGAGACUCCAUGUAACUUGAGGGCCAUGUGCUUAUGUUCUUGUUUUGCUUUUGUUGGCGGCUCCUUAAUACCAUUUUUUGAUACGGAAAAGAGACGUUAUUGCGCAGCCACACCGACAGUUAUGACAUUAUGAUGAUGCUGCCCACGAGUAUUUCGAGUCAAGCGUAGAGUUUUGCAACCAACCGGCACCGUUUGAAAAACAAAGAUCAAGAUUCCCAUUCCUGUGCUUCCGAAAACAUAAACAAGUUAGCGUUUAGCUCGAAAGAAACAGUAGACUGGUUUUCUUGGAAGCGUUCGCUACUACUAGCCGAGGCCGAAUUUUCCUUUUGUACGCGCGAGGAUGGAUGAUCAUGAUCCAGCAGCGCUCACCAGCGGUGCUGUGGCUGGAGCUGCUGCUGUCGGAGUAGGGCAAGGAGGCCAGGUUCUGCCGCAUCUCCCCGUAGCGUCUUCCUCGUUUGGGAAUUCGACGCCGAGUGGUAUCAAGAUGAAAAAUCCCCCCUCCCCAUAUCAAAACGGAAAUUUGUGAUGCUGAUUUGUGGCCACAAAUCAGCUUUGUAUUGCAGAGAGGCAUGGCGGCCAGGUCCCCAGGCUAGGUAGGGGCGUAUAGGUCUAGUUGUUCAGCAUGGCAAACGGCUCCCCUUUAGGCCUAACAGCAUGACAAAUCGCUUCCACAAUGGGGCGGAAGCUUCUGCCCUUGUCUUCUUGCAAGACAGAUGUGAUUUGUGACCUCAAACCCGCAGCGCAAAUUUUUGGAAACAUACCUUUUCCAAUAUGGGGAGGGGGGAUUUUUCCUCUCAAUAAGUAGCGGCGGCAAGAAGAUCUACUACAUCACGGAGGAGGAGUUGCGGCGCAUUCAAAACCCCGAGCUGGUCUCGCAAAUCAGCCAAAAGCAGGAACAGUACAACCCGCGGGCGAUUUUGCAGGACCUUUUACACAAGCAUCCUGAACUGAGCAACCGCAGUAUUACAGUGAAAAGUGCCCCCCAACCCUAAAUUGCAAAAAUUUGUGAUGCGAAGUUUCCAAAUGAAAACUUUUUGUCAUGCAUGAAAGAAGUAUGAAUCUUUCUGAUGCAGAAUGUAGGCGUGUAUCGCAUCGCUUGCAUGACAAGCGCCGCUCUUGCUGGGGACUUUUGCAAUACAAAGCUUUGUUAUUCACGAUUGAAAGCCUGUGAUGCUGAUACAUGCAAGAGGGCGAAUGUUUCAUUUGGAAAGGUUUGCAAUACAAAUGCUUUCAAGUUCGGGGGUGGGGGCAUUUUUCACUGUAAUACGCAGUGCGACGGAUGUGGUAGACUUUGACGUUGCGGCCGAUCCGUUGCGAAAUUUAGUCGACUUAUCAAAUGUAAAAAUGUCUGGGUCUGGAAGAAUGCAACUUGUCAUGCUAAAUCUGAAACAUGCAAGAAUCUGUGUUGCAUGAUUACCAAAAGUCGUCCAGUUUUGAGCAAGUCGGGAGGGAGUUUCUCAUGCAGGAUAGGCAUGAGAGUGAGAGAGGUCGCACAGAAUCUGUCAUGCUAGGUCCUGCAUUCCAGACCUCAUGGGUCAUGGAAAAGCUGCAUGACAAAUCGCUCAUCCUUCCAGACCCAGACAUUUUUACAUUUGAUACGACUUAUCGGACGACAAUAUCAUGUGCGAUCAAAGCGUCUCACGAGGAUAAGAAAAGUGUUAGCAGUACCGAUAACAAUCCACGACGAGGAACACAAAUAGAGCCUAAGUACAAGGAAUCUAGAUGGUAUCACCACCGUGGUGGACUUUAUUCAACCAGUACCAGAGGUACUUGACAGCCUGAAACAGCAUGGGUAAGCAUCAUCAUCAUUCAUGUUCAUUCUGUGAAUGUGCACAGAACCAGGGUGGUAGUACAGAUGAUCAUGUCAUUUGAGAUCGCAGAUUUACAUGUCAUUUCAUCACGAGAGCAUUGGGAAUUCGGAUCGAUCAUCAUUUACAUUCUGAUCUCACCUACAUUCCCCCCCUCGGAAUCUUCUGACAUGCCUGCGACUCGGCACACAACUCAAACAGAGUUUUUUCUUUCAAACACGCACCAAGACCGUGGGUGCGAUUGGAACCAUCCGAGUAGCAUCGGAUUUUACAGUAACAGUAGUAGUACACAUAGUAAAGCUGCUUUAGACCAUAUAGUUGCCCUGAACUACAUGCGUCUUUUCUUCUUCUCCUCUUCUUCUUCGGUUUCGGCCAGUGCUGCGGCGAACUGGUACCCUUUCGGAACAUGGCUACGGUGCGUCUAGCCAAUAUGCAGGAGAAAUUACGAGAAAUUUUCUUUGUAAGUAGUUUUAGUGUCAAUGCCCCCUAGCAUCAUGCAAAUGAUUCAGAUUCCGACCCGGAAUCCGACCCCCCAUCAUCCUGUUGGGAAGGAUGAAAGAACCUAAGAUAGGCAGCCGAAGGAAGCGCCUUCGUCAAUGGGUCAGCCUUAUUGGCCGCAGUGGGAACCCAACACAGGUCACGAGAGUGAUCCCGAACCACAUGGAACCGAAGUUCUAUGUGUUUCGACCGUUUCGUCACUAGUGACGACUUGGCCAAAUCCAGGGCGCUACGAUUGUCCACAAACGUAAGAGGUAAACUCCUAUCAACCAGGAACCAAUCCAGAUACCCUUGCCCCAAGGAUAACUUGAUCGUGUCAAAGGUUGCAACAUACUCAGCCUCGCAGGUGCUGAGCGCCUUAACCGUCUGACGCUUGCAACUCCAUGCAAUCGGGACGCCUCUGUGAUAGAGAAUCGACCCACUGGUGCUGCGCAGUGUAGCAGUGCACCCCGCGAAGUCACUAUCACUGAAAGCAACAGUGUCCGGCAACUCAUGGCCACCGUUCUUCGCGAUUUCAGCAUAGGUCUCACGCCACUGGCGCUCGAUCUCUGGAGAGUACUCAAGACCUUGGUCUUUCGUGCCCUUCAGAUAUGCCAAAAUCCGUUUGCCUGCCUUUACCGCAGAAGUAGUCGGCGCUUCCUGACCCCUUGCCACGCGUUGGGUAGCGAAGACAAUGUCAGGCCGCGUCUGGUGCGCGAUGUAUUGCACACCCCCGACCAACGACCGAAGUGGGAAGGACUCAGCCGAACCCCCUUCACGCAGAUCGCCAGCCACACAGGGCGAAGGUGCAGGCUUGCAGUCAUCCAUAUUGAACUUCUUGAGCAAUUUGCUCACAGCCUGUUCCAUGGACAUCUUCAGCCAUCGCUUCGGCCUGUCAUACUUGACGACCAUACCGAGAACGUCUCGAGUCUCCACGUCUCCGUCCAUUUCUGGAGCGAUGAUCGUACCGGGAAACAAUUUCAGGACCUUUGACAUCUCCUCGUCCAGAGUCUUGGGACACGGACCAGACAUCAAAGAAUCAUCCACGAAGAUGGCCAUCGUGAUGGUUCCGCUAGGCAAUUCCUUUCGGAACAACCCGGGCUCCCUGGGACACAUCACCCAACCGAGCGACUUCAGACCCUUGGAAAAACGGUCAUACCAUUUCCGUGGGGCUAUCCUCAAGCCAUAGAGCGACUUGAGCAGCAUCACCAAGUCUCCUUUCGGCGACUUGCUCCAGUGUGCUGGAAGCCGAACGAUCACCCUCUCAUCAGUCAACGCCGCCUGGAUGAAGGCAUUAGUGACGUCGAACUGACGCAGGUGAUGUCCCUGGGCCGCCGCUUCUACGAGUAGAAACCUAUUGGCCCCCCCUGAAAUAGUGGGAGAGUAAACCUCAUGCGAGAAAACUUGUUUCUGCCGGUUGCCCAGCGCCACAAGUCUACACUUGUACCUACCACACCGCUUGCGGGAGUAGAUGCAAACCGCAGGAAUAACCUCGUCCGUGGCCGGAUCGAAUUCUCCCUCACGUAAAGGCCUCCAGCAUUUCAGGGCCUCGAGUCGGGUGCGUUCAAGUGUAUCAGCCUCGAUCCACUUGGUCGCAUCCGGACCGCUGAAAGCUGACUUCUUAGUGACCAUCACUUGAAACUCAAUGGAAACCUCAUCUAAGGCGGAGCAGUACGAAGCUGCUGCCUCCUGUAAAUCAGGAUCCUCCGCAGAUACUGUAAGCACUGCACCCUGCAAAGACGACGUCAAUCCGGAUUCAUCCUCCGAGGGUGACUCUUUCCGUCUCUUUGCAGAAAAUUCUUCUGCCCCCCCUGAAGCCUUGCGCGUUAGCUUAAGAGCUUCAGGUGAAGAAUUCUUGAGCUUCACCUCAGCCAAAAGCAUCUGCACCAAAUCCGCACCAGCAGGCUGGCGCUUUGGAGCUGCUUUUGCCUUUGCCGCGACCUGUUUAGGUUUACGGCCUGGCUUGCGCCAGUGUGGCUGAGCCUUGGUCCCGGGCUUUCGUCCCCGUUUCUUCUUCACAACAUUACCAGAAUCCGCCUGAGGCGCUGCAGGUAAAUCUUGACCGACAGGGGCCGGGUCGGCAGGUGGUUGAUCGUCCUCAGCAGGAGCCUCAGGACCAGCCUGAUUCUCCGCCUCAAGAUCAACAGCCUCCGGCGCGACCUCGUCACCGAUCAAAUUUUCCUCCUGCUGCUCCUCUGGAGGAGUAUCAUCCAGCAUGUCAGAAGUUUCGACUGUAUUCUUACCCUCCGUCACGGAACCACCUCCCUCGGGAACAUCAGAAGCACCAGCAGGCGAGGGAUCAGACUCACCUGGGGCCACCUGACUCCUUUCCUCGAAAAUGGAGUCACCGAGCGCGUCGGGCAGUGUAUACGGGACAAAAGUGCCUUUACUGAACUUUUGCAAGUCCUCAAUCUUCCCGAUUGUAAUUGACUCAUCAAAUGCGCACGCCCGGCAUUCGAUCACGGAAAAACGAAUUCCGUCCGCACACCUGUUGUCUUGCACCCAAGUGCCAACUAGGUAAGUGCUGUUCUCAGUUCCAUAACCAAGAAACACACCGCGGACGUAUUUAGCGUCCAGCUUUCCACCAGGGACAUGCUGCUUAGCGUAGGCCAGGCAUCCGAAACGACGGAAAUGCUUGGUCGACGCUUCGCGGCCGUGCCUCUUGAAGUAGGGCGAACUUUUUGGACCCUUCCGUGACACGCGAGCAAACACGUACGCCACAAACCUGUAGGCAUAGUCCCAACAGCGUAGGUCUACACCAUGCAGAAUGCAACGCACCGCGUUACACGAAGUUUGGUUCCAACGUUCCACCUUACCAUUCUGCUGUGGAGUGUAGGGCGCAGAAUAAUCCACGAUAGUGGGAGGCCGUUGCUCAGCCGCAACCUGUCUCCACUUCGUAUUCUGCCCCUUGAACUCGGGAGCGUUGUCAGCCCGUACCCGCUUGGGCGGUUUCACCGUUUGGCAAAACAACUCAAGCUUGGACCCAGCUUCUCCCUUUUCCUUGCAUGGGUAGCAAAAGGGCCAGGACGUCAAUUCGUCCACCGCAUUCAAAGACCACUUGUUUCCCGAAAAGGAAACAGGAAAAGGCCCAACAAAGUCCCAAGAGACUUCGUCAGCGAAUUCCUUGGCCUUGAGAUGCUCAGGCCGAGCACUCUGAUGCCCAGGCACUCUGCCUUUCAUCAUUGCGCACGCAUCGCAGUGCUUGCACUUGACGCCAUGCACUGAGAGAUGUGCAAACCGCUCAUGCCAGAGCUUAGUGUCCUCUGCGGAAAGUUUAUCACAAACCGCAGCGGGCUCGCAAUGAAGACCCUUUUCCGUGUCCUGGUCGACACAAACUUUGACCACUGAAGAAUUCUCGACGAACUCGACAGGGAGCACCGGGAGCCGAUUGACCCGACCGAAGCCGACCCAAUCCCCCGAGGCCUUGUCGAGCACGCCGCUCUUCGGGCCAUCAAAAACUAUCUUCCUGCCAUCGUCCUCCAGUCUGCCAACCGAGAUUAGCAGUCCGGCGAUGUCAGGAUGAUACAACCCCAACCGGAGUCCCACCGUGUUACCCUUGAAGAUGCCGCGCCGUGCUUUGACAUCCAAAACACGAUCGGCGACCUUCAUUGUAACUUCUUCAUUCGAGAUUUCUUCGAAAGCACCGCGCUCCCCGCACGUGUGAUCCGAAGCCCCCGAAUCCAGAACCCCAGAGAGGGACAAAACCCCCCCAGAAUCCCUAACCCCCUCACUUUUCACCGUGAGAACACUAACACAGGCCGAAGCCGUGCCAGCCAUUGCCAUGCAAACCACAGCGCUAGGCGCUGCUACAGAGCUACUAGAACUACUUUCAUGCAAAAGAUGCAAACUCUUUUUCUCGUAAUCUUUCUUGUCUUUUCCUUGCUUGCCGUUUCCCUUGUUGUUGUUGUUGCCACCGUUUUUGCGCUUGGGACAAUCGGACUUUUUGUGAUUGCCACCACAAGUCCAGCACUUGAGCUGGUUACCCUUUUCGUCCUGCUUGCGAACGUUCGGAAACUUCUUCGCAAUCAUAGCAACUGCCUUGUCGACAAUACGCUGUGCCUGCGCCUGCUCUUCCUUCUUGCUAGUCACCAAGACGUGCUCGGUAACCUGCUUCGGAGCAGCCUUGUCCUGCGCCUCCUGUUCGCGAAGAGUGCCCACGAUUUGCAAAGUGGAAGCAUUCAUCGCCAAGAGCGGAGUAACCAACUUUUUGGAUUUGUCAUCCAAGCCGCCGACGAUACCAAACAACAACAAUUCGUUAGUCGUGAUGGUACCACCCAGGUCGUUACGCAAGUAAUUGGACUUACGAGCGUAGUACCCCUCCACACUUUCGUCCGUCUUCUUGCUGCUGGUGAGCAACUGAGUCAGGGCGGAAAAGCGGGAAGACGCGACCUGGCUCCGGUACUUGCCCACUAACACGCGCAAGAUGUUCGGAAGGUCAGUGGCAUGCUCAGUCGUAACCAACUGCAACGGUUCCCCGUCGAGUUUAGUCACAACGUGAGCAGCCAGCUGGUUCAACUUUUCAACCUGUUCCGCAGUCAGUUGAACAUUGGUCGCAAUGCCAAGAGCGGUGUUGUUCACGUACUCUACGACAUCUUCCCCGUAGCAGUUCAGGAUGAGACUCAUCUUGUACAACCACGAAGAAAACUGACCCGCAUCCUUACCGUUGAAGGUAGGAAGCUCCAUCUUAAACUGCGCCAUCGUGGUGCGAGCGAGAUUAAGAUACAGCUGAACCUUGGCAGGACCUAAAGUCGCAAAAUUGAGACAAAUGUGACACAAUUUCUGAUACAGGUUGUAAACCACCCGGCAAUUUUUGGAAGAGUAGAACUCGUCCGUUACCAGCACAGUCUUAUGACUGCCCGCGCGGUACAAAAGACGCGCGCCAAGAUCGUACACGACCUCAGUAAAGGACCAGCCGUCCAUUAGUUUUAAGGGGUAAAUUUUAGGGGUUAAACCGCUAAAAAUUUUCUUUAAAAUUGUAAAAACCAGCAAAAAAAUUGCCACUACUACUACCGUAAAUCAAUCAACCUACAAGGCGCAAACUGUGAAAACAGUAAACCUAAAAGUUGAAAACUGUAAAGUUCCAAAAACACACAACACAACCCAGCGCGAUGCUGUCCAGUUGCCCCGUUGUUCAGUGUUUUUCCCUUUGAGCUUUUGGCUUAAAGGAUGUCAAGAUUGUUAGCAGUACCGAUAACAAUCCACGACGAGGAACACAAAUAGAGCCUAAGUACAAGGAAUCUAGAUGGUAUCACCACCGUGGUGGACUUUAUUCAACCAGUACCAGAGGUACUUGACAGCCUGAAACAGCAUGGGUAAGCAUCAUCAUCAUUCAUGUUCAUUCUGUGAAUGUGCACAGAACCAGGGUGGUAGUGCAGAUGAUCAUGUCAUUUGAGAUCGCAGAUUUACAUGUCAUUUCAUCACGAGAGCAUUGGGAAUUCGGAUCGAUCAUCAUUUACAUUCUGAUCUCACCUACAAAAAGCUAAAAUCUGUUUGCCUUGAGCGAUUUCUAAAAAGUAUUCUCUUGCACUUUUCUUUGAUGUUUUUGCAUCACCCAACUGCAUCGAAAUAAAAGCACAGAAUCAGAAGUGAAGAAGUCCGUGGACAAGUGAGAACGUGUUUUCUGCGUGAUCUGCGUGGUCCGCUUCCGAAACACCUGCACGUCGUGCGGAUGACUGGACGCCAGCGGGCAUUGAUGGCUCACCGGUAUAAAAAAAGAUUUUUGCUUUUUGUUCUCUUUCUCAGUGGCCACAGUUGCUGCAAGAAGUUUACUUUAAGUACUAUCAAUCCGGUGCGGCUGGAAAGAGACAAUCAUUUUCGCUUCCAGGCGGUCGUAGAUUUUAGCGUGACCGACUCACCGUAUUCUCCGGAGCAUGCCAGGAUCGCGCCACCGCGAAACUCACGAAAUGCUGCUUCGCCGUCGAAAAUUGGCGCUACUCCCAACCACACUCAAUUUGGGCGGCAACUGCAACAGAGGUAAUAGCACUCGCUGUAGUUUUUUUUCGUCGACGAGUGCAGAUUGAUGCACAUACAGCUCCAGCACGUGGUCAAGCGGCUUCACGACCUCGCGUCGUGCAAACUUCUGUGCGAAAUCGAAAAGAAUGAUGAGUGCAGUGGUGUAGUUGUUGUGCAAAAAACAAUGCAAAGGUUGGACGAUCUUCCCCCAUGUCAUUUGCAGCUUUCGGCGGAGGAGUACAGCGCGUUGUUGCAGGUACUGAGCAACGAUAGCGUUUUGCAGCGGCACAGCGUCCUUUCUUCACUGCGGCGGACGCUCUCCAGUAGCUCAGCCGGCGGGCCUGCAGGUAGGUAUACAUAGAUCGGAACUCGUCUUACGCAUGGGUGCGCCACCUGGGGUCGAAAGUUUGUGCUAUAUUGAUCGCUUGUUUUUUUACUUGUAAGUAGUUUUUGUUUUUGUCAAAGUUAUCCUUGUCUCAACAUGACCAGGUAUAGCCUCUGACUUUGGCGGGGUUUCCGGCUGCGGGGUCGACAGCUCGCCCAGUGCUGCCUUCCUGGCCAACGGAGCUGCUGGCUUUUCCGCCAGCACCUCAAAACGGAACCGGGCCCAGGCCACCGGGGUGGUACCGCCGAUCGCAAGCAGCUCGUCAUCAGCUACAGGUACUGUUUUUCCGAAACAAGUGCCAAGACCACAGGCAUUAUGUAUGACAAAAAGAUAUGUAUGAGUCGAUCGUUUUUUCCAUCUAAUCGGCGAGGCCAUUUUUUUUCAUGAUGGAGACUGCUGGAAGUUGAAGUCCAUUCCUUUCAGGGCGGCCGUCGAUGUCACCCGCCGGAGGAAGCUCGAGUUUGGAGGACGUCCCCACUGAGCCCUCGCGGCCUUCAAGUAAAAAUCUCACGGCGCCGUCGGCUGCGGCGGCUACCAAGCGGAGUGCCCCGCCACCGACAAAUAGUCCCGAGAGCGAGACACCCGACCAGCUGGAAGUCUACGAUCGAGUGGAUCACGAACUGCGACUCAGGUAGGAACGUGGGAGCAGAUCAAGAAAUGGCAUGAGAUUGUUCUGCAUUUGCUCACGCUCAUCUUCCAUCAGCAUCCGUAGUGGUUUUCGUCAGCCAAGACGAAGAAUAAUUGUCACCAGUUUACUGACUCUCGAAAUAAAUUCUUACAUAAUGUACUACAGAACCAGUAUGACGACUGCGUCCAACUUUUCGGAGCCAGUCUCACCGUCUCCCCAGCACGGCAGCUACAGUCCAGACCUUCGGCGGGGCUGCCAUAGUCCGGGCGACCUGCGCAGCGGACUGCGACCUCCUGUGUCGUCAGUGGUGGAAUAUCGCAAGGAAAAAGUGUUACAGUUACACAUUGUGUUGCAAGACCGGCAACACAGACAACCUUUCUCAUGCAAGAAAUGCUUGGGAGCCUCGUUUCCUUCCUGUUUUCCCUUCUGGUCUUCGCAUCACAAGUUUUCUCUGCCACACAGAGAAAAUCUGUGAUGCAGAAACUCCAACAAAUGUGUGACUGUAACACUUUUUUCUCGUGAUAUGGAAGUGUCGCCCGCUAGUACAAAGGUACAGACUGUCCUCGUCAGCUAGUGUGCAAAUCAAUUCGACUACUAACUACUAAGUCGAAAUAUGUCUGCAGCUAAAAAAGUCAAAAUUUUGACACACUACUGAGCGAGGCUGUUGCUUGGGUGUUCUUUAUCGUGCGCAAUCGUAUAGAACGAGCGAAAUCUUGACGCCCGACAUGCUGGCUGACUCUCUCAGGUUCUUGGGUGUGUGCCCCCCUGCACCUGUUGCGCGGAGGAACAGGCCGCCAACUCGCAUUACACAUUGCCGCUUUUUGCGCCCCGUCUUGGGUCAACUUUGUGGCCCGAAUCACAAAUCUGAGCCCCUACAUCAGCAGAAUGCCGUGCUGUGAGGGUUCAGAUUUGUGAUGCAAAAGGUGGCUUUCCGGAAAACGUCUGCACCUCGGCCACUGAGGUCCCAAGUGGAGGUGCAGACGUUUUCCGGAAAAGGGGGGAAAAGUGGGCCUCAUAGCCCGUGUUUGUCUGCGUUCCGGAAAACGUCUGCACCUCCGAAAUUGGCCUCCAGAUGAGGUGUCCUCGGACACCUUUUCGGAGUCGUCCCGAGUCUCGGACCUCCGGGGCGACAAAUUGCGGCCGCCCUUUUCGCACGGCCCCGAACUGUAUCGGGCUCAAUUUGCAGGCAAAAGCCUGCAAUUUGAGCUCAUCCCCGAGUUGGCCUCCUCCGAGGCCACUCUUUUUGGACUAAAAUUGCACCUCGCGCGGGGUCGUCGAGCAAACGACGCAGGAAUGGAUCGCAACUCCUCGGCCAAGUUCUCCAGCACGGGGUCCACGGCGCUCGCAAGCGGGCUGCAGUCCGGGCGAGAAGAGAAGGACAGAAACUGCACUACCAAAAAUUUUGUUUUUUUUUGCUGCAGUCCGGGCGACCUGCGCAGCGGACUGCGACCGCCUGUGUCGUCAGUGGUGGAAGUGUCGCCCGCUAGUACAAAGGUACAGACUGUCCUCGUCAGCUAGUGUGAAAAUAAAUUCGACUACUAACACGAGCAGACUCAUUUUUCGGUAGUAAUUCUUGUAUCAAAAAGAAAUACUUGCAACAACUUCCAGUUCAUCCAAUUUUAUAUGAUAGAUUCAUCCAUCCACGACACACAACAGUGGUCGGGAAGCAGCGCAACACUGUUGAAUUUUCCGGAUCCGAAACUAGUGUCCGCGCUUUCCCAUCUGGAUUGCGGCAUGCAGCCUCUGGGUGACAUUGCGCCCUGCAGUACAGAAGUCACCUCGCCGGCGGACCCCGAGCAGUAUGGCGCACGGUCGAACCCGGCACUUUUUCAAAAACCGUUAGGACUCAUCAGGCCCUGUGAGCAAAUCAUUCCUGAAGAGUAGCGAAUUUCAUAUCCCAAGACCGAAGACGCCUGCAAAACGCCCACCAACGACGUACAGUAAAAUGUUUUUCUAUUUCCAUAGCUGUGUUUAUGUUUGGAAUUUCUGCAACCAAGGUCUCAAUGUGUGUUUGUAGUAUGUACUCGAAAAAAAAAAAAGGUUUCGUUCAUCAAAUGGUUGAGUAAAGGUUUCGAUACUCCUCCUCUUAUCAACAAUAAAGGAGCUGCGCUUUGAUAAUUUACGAUUGAUAGGUGACACCCAAUUCUAACCGAAGGCGCGUUUUUACAUCUUAUCGUGGCUGCAGGGCUUUAGCAAAUCCUGACUUAUUCCUUAGGCGGAAACACCCUUACAUACAAUUAUGGCAUGACGCGAGGUGGAAGGAGGUCGAGUCUCCCUUCUUCGUGAAUUUUUCUGUUUUCAAGCUCAAAUACUGUCAUAGCACGUACUACGGAAAAGAUAUUCUGGAUCAAGUUCGAGUCAUCUCGUGGGAGGCUUUUUCCUCUUCUUGCUACUCGUGGCAAGAGCAAGCACGGAAGUUCCGGCAGGUGAAAGGAAUACUCAUUUAUUAAUCCACAGCGAAAAAGCUGGCAGUGUUAGUGUAGGCGUAGGGUCGUUGGCAAGGAUAGAGAUAGUUCUCAACUCAUGCUUAGCUCUUUUGUGCCGCGAGCAAAUGCAAAAUGGUGGCAUGCUGCUUUACUUUCGUAAAGAGAUGACUAAGUACAUCAAGUAGUUUCAGUUGCACGUCUUUUGUAGAUCGGUUCGCAUGAUAAAAACUGAGACGGCAUUUUGCAACUGCAUCGCAGGAAAGUUGUGAAGAAGACCAGAACAAUCACAAUGACGGCUCGCUCCAACGUGAGGCGAAGACGAAAUAAAGCAAAGCAACAAGAAAAUAAAACGAAAAAGCUAGACAGGG